GGAGUGUUCUUGCAUAACACUCCCUGACGUGUUUUUGUGCCGUGCUAGACCUUUGCACUCCCUUCACUUUUACAAGACAGCAAGUUGUGAAGGCAGUUUAGAUAUUCCUCCCAAACUCAUCCCCCAAAUUCGUCUCAGACCGGGACUGACAGCGACGGGCAGACUAAAAACGAAGGGCUGGCGCUGACGUGGGAGAUCAGAAGGAGCCCGGCGCAGCCAACACGCCCAGCGAAGCCGCGUCACAACAGUUAAUCGAUCGCUCCUCACUUGAGGAGAAAAAAAAGGAUCAAAACAACAACAAUAACAAAAGGAGCACUCAAUGUCCAGGAGCCCAUCACUCUCCAGGGACCAGUCAGAAUGCAGUGCGUCAGGAAAAAACCGAAAAGAACUGUGUCCGAGGAAAAGAUCUUCGCAGAGACCAGCAGGAAGAUAGCAUUGCAGAACAGCGUCAGACUAGGAUUGCAAGAUGAUGAACACCUUCAGUUUCUCUUGAAGGGCAGUAAUCUGGAUAAAGUGAAGUCAAACUCGUGGAGGAAGCCUCGCUUCUUUAAGCUACAAGAUGACUGUAGUACUAUAUGGCACGAAUCCAGAAAGCUGCGCAAGGUUCCCAGCAGGCAGACAUUUUCCAUCGAAGACGUUCAGGAGGUGCGCUUGGGCCGUCACUCUGAGGGUUUGCAGAAAUAUGCCAAAGAUGUCCCAGAAGAGCAGUGCUUUUCCAUCAUCUUUAAAGGAAAUCGAAAGAAUCUGGACCUUAUCGCCAGCUCCAAGGAGGAGGCAAGCCAGUGGGCAGAGGGCUUGAAAAAACUUAUCAAGUUUUCAAACAAUAUGAGCAACAAGCAAAAAUUAGAACACUGGAUUCACAGCUGCAUCCGAAAAUCUGAUACGAAUUUCGACAACAAGAUGAACUUCAAAGAACUUAAACAUUUCCUGCAGGAGGUCAACAUAAAAGUGGAUGACCUGUAUGCUAAGAAGCUUUUUGAGAAAUGUGACAAGUCCAAGUCAAACAUGUUAGAGGAUUCAGAAAUUGAAGAAUUCUACAAGCUCUUAACAAAGCGAGAAGAAAUCGAUGUUAUUUUUAACAAAUACGCCGAGACUGAGGAACUUAUGAGCACUGAUGAUCUUCUGAAAUUCUUGCAGACUGAGCAGCAUGAGAAUGUGACAGUGGAAAAGGCCCACUUGCUCAUCGAGAUGUAUGAGCCUGACGAUAUAGCAAAAAGUGAGAAGCAUAUGACCAAAGAUGGUUUCUUGAUGUACCUCCAGUCUGAAGAAGGACAAAUCUUUAAUCCUGCUCACAGCAGAGUCUGCCAGGAGAUGAUGCAUCCCCUCAGUCAUUACUUCAUCUCUUCUUCACACAACACCUACCUAGUGCAAGAUCAAUUAAAAGGAGCCAGCAGCACAGAGGCUUAUAUCAGGGCCCUGACCAGAGGCUGCCGUUGUGUGGAACUGGACUGCUGGGAUGGACCAAAUGGAGAGCCAGUAAUUUACCACGGAUACACCCUCACCUCCAAAAUCCUCUUCAAAGAUGUCAUUACGACUGUCAAGGAGUACGCCUUCAAGAGCUCGCCAUACCCAGUGAUCCUAUCACUGGAAAACCACUGUACCCUGGAGCAACAGAAGGUGAUGGCACGGCAUCUUCGCGAGAUACUGGGCGACAUGCUGCAAACUACACCAGUCAGUGGCAAAGACUCUGCAGAUCUGCCUUCACCUGAGAUGUUAAAGGGAAAGAUCUUAAUAAAAGGCAAAAAACUUUCAAAAUUGGAGCAUAACCAAGGGAGCAACAUUACGCAUGAUGUGGAGACUGUGUCUGAAGAGGACGAAGCUGCAGAAAUUGAAGAUGAAAGCGUCAAGAGUCAAGUUAGAAAGAACUCUAAGAAUACCAAACUGAAAUUGGCUUAUGAGCUCUCAGAAGUUGUGAUCUACUGCAGGAGUGUCCACUUUCCUGGCUUUGACAAUGCGAAGAAGAAUCAGACCUCCUUUGACAUAUCAUCAUUUGUAGAAAGCAAAGCACUGAAGCUAGUUCAAGACUCAGCCAAUGACUUCAUCACUCACAACAUGAGACAACUAAGCAGAAUCUAUCCUGCCGGCAAGAGGACGGACUCCUCAAAUUACAAUCCAGUAGAUUUGUGGAUUGCAGGCUGCCAGAUAGUUGCCCUAAACUUCCAGACACCCUGCCUGCAGAUGGACUUGUACCAAGGAAUGUUUAAGCAGAACGGUCACUGUGGCUACAUUCUCAAGCCCAAGUUCCUUCGAGAGAGCACUAGCCAGUUCAACCCCAUGUGUGUCACAUCAGGAGAAUGGCUGCAACCCAAGAAACUCCACGUGAUGAUUAUAUCUGGUCAACAGCUUCCAAAGGUGAACCAGGACAAAAUCAACUCCAUUGUUGACCCUCUUGUAAAGGUGGAGAUCUUUGGAGUCCCAAGAGAUGUCCAAAAAGCAGAGACACAUCAUCUGAAUAAUAAUGGAUUUAAUCCAAUGUGGAACAAGACUUACGUCUUUGACAUUUCAGUGCCACAAUUGGCCUUCAUUCGAUUUCUGGUGGAGGAUUAUGAUGGAAGUUCCUUCAAUGAUUUUGUUGCACAGUAUACACUACCUGUAACCAGCAUCCAAAAUGGUUACCGCCACAUCCCUUUGUUGUCCAAGACUGGGAAUCCAUGUUCCUCUAGUUCUCUUUUUGUUAAUAUUUUGUUGGAGGACCAAUAAUCAUCAUCAUCAUCAUAACAAUAAUGCAAAGGAUCCACCAAAGCAGCUGGAAGACAAAGAAUACCCCAGCGUGAAACCAAAAAUGUGCAACGGGCACUGAAAACACUUCAACUGCAUUUUUAAUUUUAGUUUUUUAAAUUUUACUUUUAAAAAUUUUAAAUGUUAAUAUCAUCUUUUUAUUGGGUUUUAUCUGUAUAGUGCAAUUGGAGUAGAGUUCUUGUAUGAUUUGAGUUAUGGCAGGUGAAAUUUGUGACUUGUCUCCCUGUGCUCAUCUCAACCGAAGCUGCUGUCCAUUGUGGAGACUCGGGCCAGCCAAGUGAGCACAGCGGCACCUCGCUUACUGGACACGCGCCUUUUACUUGCGGGCGCGCACGUCAGUCCACACAGGGCCAACACUUUAUGAUUUUAAAUUGUGCUUUUCUUGAGUUGGCACCCUGUGUGUGUACUCUAUUGGUAAAUACACAAGUGGUAUAUUCACAUAGUGGGCUACAAGUGUGAUUACACCCCUAAACUGACAUGCCUUUUUUAAUUUAUUUUUUAUAUUUUUUUUAGUAGGUUUUAAAUUGCAGCAAUUCUGGGUUUGAAUAAUUGAAAAAGCUCCACUUUAGGACAAUUAGAAUGCCCCCGUAAGCAGGGAACUUUUAAGAGAACUUGCGAACAAUGGAGUUUAAACUCGUAGACACGUGUUGUCAAAGUUGUUCUUUUCCAACCAAAUAUAAGUUAACUAAACCAGGCUUUUACUCUUACAGAGGGGUCAGCCUCACUGCUUAUAGCAGACCACCGCUGUAUUACAGAACUUGAAGACGUUGUGGAGCAACCGCACCAUACAUUUGUCAUACAUGGUCGUAUUUUGUGUUCUUUUGUCUUAAUAGACCAUUAAAGAAGGACUAUUCCAUCAAGCAUUUAAACAUAUGCAGUGAAUUUAAGAUUAACAUUGUACAAAAACAUACUGAGAAAAAUAUUAUCUGCAAUAUGUUACAUUUCCACCUGUAGAGUUAAGAAGCCAUUAAUGGUGUUGCAUGCCAGCAUUGUAAGAAGAACACAUGAUGUCUUCAUUUUUAUUGCUGUUAUUAUUCAACUUAUUUAUCCUCGUUUGGAUUGAAUUAGUCUUUCUAUUUCAACACAUUAUUUAUUUAUUUUUUAAUAUUUUUAUUCAUUUGUUUUAUUUUCUGAAGCCACGUCAUUCUCUUCACGGUUGAAGGAGAGCCAAAUUCAUACUAUUUUAGUUAUAUUUUUAAGUAAGUUAUUAAUAAUUUAGAUUUCAAAUUGCAGACUAGCACAAGAGCCUGUAUUGUGAAGUGAUGUUGUCAUGGAGGCCUCGGCCAGAGCCAUUAUGGCUAUUUACUUUCACGUUAUGUUGGCAGGUCAUAAAGGACCAGGCUGAGAUUUUAGCUCUGCUUUGUGUUUGGAGAAAUGGUUUACUUUCUCAUUUUGAACAGAAUCCGUUUAUACAUUGUAUAGUAAAUAACCUUUUAAUUGUGUUUAUGUCAACUAUCUGAUCUUCAAAGUUUUUUUCUAGUGUUACUGGUUUAUAAUCAGGUUUAAGAAGUGGUAGUGGAAGUUAAGGAAGCUCCUGUUAAUUCAGUUUGAAUACAUAGGGUUUAAUCUUGCAAGUUUGGUCUUUCUUGAGAAUUAUGGCAAAACUGUACAAAAGGGAGCUUUGUCAGAAGUUAAUCAUUUGAUUAACACACAUUAAUGUUACUUACUUAUCUUUUUCCUUUUAUUUUCCAUAAAUUAAAUUCUGGUUUGGCAGAAGCCACUGGAGAUUCUUCAAGAAGGGUCAUUUAUUCUUUUGGAUAAACUCUCUUCGAUAUGUGUUAGGUCAUAUCCACACUACUACAUUUUCUGUUCAAAACCACAGACAUUAUUCUUCAUUUUCGCCUUUCAUCCACGAUAAAUGCUCUCCAGUGCUUCUGAAAACGCCUUCUUGGUGUUGCAGUACGUGUGGGUGAAAAGUCAGACUGUGAUUGUGCUCUGAUUUGUUUAUGCUUAUUACAUAGCCUCAGUCUUCUUUUUCUUCUUUUUUCAGCUGCUCCUGUUAGGGGUUGCUACAGCGGAUCAUCUUCUUCUAUAUCUUCCUGCCCUCUGUAUCUUGUUCUGUUACACCCACCACCUGCAUGUCCUCUCUCAACACAUCCAUAACCCUUUGUUUAGACCUUCCUCUUUUCCUCUUGCCUGACAGCUCUAUCCUUAGCAUCCUUCUUCCAAUAUACUCAGCAUCUCUCCUCUGCACAUGUCCAAACCAACGCAAUCUCGCCUCUCUGACUUUGUCUCCCAACUGUCCAACUUGAGCUGACCCUCUAAUGUCCUCAUUUCUAAUCCUAUCCAUCCUCGUCACAUCCAGUGCAAAUCUUAACAUCUUUAACUCUGCCACCUCCAGCUCUGUCUCCUGCUUUCUGGUCAGUGCCACCGUCACCAACCCAUAUAACAUAGCUGGUCUCACUACCGUCCUGUAGACCUUCCCUUUCACUCUUGCCGAUACCCAUCUGUCACAAAUUACUUCUGUCACUCUUCUCCACCCAUUCCACCCUAAAUGCACUCUCUUUUUCACCUAUCUUCCACAAUCCCCAUUACUCUGUACUGUUUAUCCCAAGUAUUUAAACUCAUCCACCUUCGCCAACUCUACUCCCUGCAUCCUCACCAUUUCACUGACCUCCCUCCCAUUCAUGCACAUGUAUUACAUUGCAUAGCCUCAAUACAAUAUCUCAUUCCCUGGAAGAUAACCAUUUUCCAACAAAGUGGACAUACAGGAGUAGCUUUCCAUGGCGCUUAUUGUGUUGCUUACCUGUAUGCGUUUUAAUUGAAUUUUGUACAGUCCGAAUGCUGCAUACAUGUGUAAAAAGAUGAAGAAUUUACCAAUCACUUCAGUUUAUGAUGAAUCCCUGGAUGGCGGCAUAACCAAUUCCUUCCAGGAGGAUGCUUCCUCUUUGUGCAAACACAAAGUAGACAAACGGUUAAAACAUACACGUUUUUCGGUUAUUUUAGUGCGGACGGCGAUACUUUUGUAAACAAUGUGAAAACACUAGUGUGGGUAGAGAUAGUUUUUUUCAUUUAAAGUGUCAUUUUUGAAAUGAAAAUAUAUUAGUGUGAACGUAGCCUUAGAUUUGUCUCUCACCUUUUAAAUACACUACCAUUAUUUUGUAAGGAAUAUUUUAACAGGAAAUUUUGCCAAAAUUUGAAAUUAAAAAAAAAAAAAUAGAAAAAAAACUAAAAUAUUGUCUGAAGGACACUCUACGUAGAUGUUCAGCAUGCAAUUCUGUUAGGAGUUACGUGUGGAACUGUACAAUACUUAUGUUAAAUUGUAAUUACUGAUCUGUAUAUUAAUGUAAACUUUAUACAUUUUGAUGUGCUGUUUUCUAAGUUUUAAUUUCUACAAGAGCAGAAAAACUGUGGAAAAUGUAGAUGCUGCAUUUUUUAGCCCAAGAGUCACUGGCAACUGUCCAAAUUGUGCAUUAUUAGUUUAUUGUGUUUUAGUACCAUAUCUUUAAUGUUACAAGUUGUAUUUUACAUAUCCUUUCUGAAUUGUUCAUCUCUUCUUGACAUUCCAGGUGACACAUGUUCAACAACACAGAGAUUCAGGCAGGUCACACUGUAUUGCAUAACUUUUCUGUAUGCCACGCACAUUCCAUGUAAAAUCUAUUGAAGUCAUAUACAUGAAGCACAAAAAUGGCUUCUUUCAGCAUCAGUUUGAUAUGGAAACAGUAUUUUUUUACUUUUUUCACUGCUUAAAACAGUAAAGAGGAAGAAAAUGAGCAGGGAUGGUUGUUCAUCAUUUUUCAGUGUUGUUUUUUAUUCACACACAAGAUCAGCCCCAAGCAGGACAAUCUGAUAUUUGUAUGCUGGCGGAAGUGUGCUGUGUAUGAAAGGGGGUUUGGUAGUUAGAGCUCACCAUGCCAGCAGAAGUAUCAAGUGUUGCAAUCAAAACAGUUGGAAUUUUCCUUUGAAAGGAUGGAUACAACAUUUUUUUUUCAGUUUACACUGAACUUUGUAUUCUGUGUGUGCUCCCCGGCUCCAAGCGUUGGCCAACAGGAGAGAAAUACUUAUUACUGUUAAUGUGUUAUGAUGCUCAUUCUCAGGCAGUUUUAUGGGGCUGUGUAGAAUAAGUGAACAAAGCCAUAUAAUAUGAUGCUUGGGACGUACCGUAAGAACAAAGAGGACACAACGCUGGUGUCUUCUCACCUGUGUCAGACUUUGAAAUCUAGCAAGAUGCAAUAAGCUAAGAUUCAUCCAUGCUGAAGAAGACUUGCUUACCGGGAGAUACAUUAGUCUGUCAGUACCUGAAGAAAUCCCUUGUAGACUUGUUGACUUUGUCAGGUAGCAGCCAAGGGGAUCACCACUGGGGUCUAUGAAAUCUGAACUCCAUGUAUGGGACCAAAUCUGGGAACAAGCCAUAUCUGUGUAGGUUGCACUAGUCUAGGGCUGAUUAGCAGCACCACUAUGCAAGUUGUACAUCUUGGAGAAACAAAAAAGUGAAUAUUUUGUACAAAUUAUGUAACGUGGGUGAGUGUUUGACCAGGGUUCUGUUGUGUUUUCGAAAGUGUUUUUGGUAAAUAACAAUGAAUAGAUAAGAGACUGAGCACUUUUUUUCAGAAGGCACAUGUAUUUUUUCACACUACAGAGUAAGAAAAGAUGACCUGAAUCCUGCGUCUCGUGCCUUUACCAAAUGGUGCCUUAGCCACAUGCAGUGUACAGUAUCCUGUUCUUAAUAAAUGUAUUGUGUUUGAAAAA